AACCUCAUUUGUCAUUCUCAGAAAAUUUCAAAUGCUUUUGUUACAUUAAAACGAUAGGAACAAAGCACACUGAAAAAAAUGGUGGUCACCAGUGGAGCUGGAGUUCAUGAUGAUUCCAACAACUACGACAGAGAAAAGGAACUGAAAGCAUUCGACAAUUCAAAAGCCGGUGUCAAAGGUCUGGUAGAUGCUGGAAUCACUAAGGUUCCUCGUAUGUUCAUCCGUUCAGACAUUUCAUCGAACACUUUAGAGACAACGAAGAAAACCCAAUACAAAAUUCCAGUUAUUGAUCUACAAGGGAUCGAAGAUGAUCCACGGCGGCAUAAAGAGAUCAGUGACCAAGUCAGGCAUGCAUCAGAGACAUGGGGCUUCUUCCAGAUUGUCAACCAUGGGAUAACUGUAAGUGUUCUUGAAGAGAUGAAAGAUGGGGUUCGAAGAUUUUUCGAGCAAGAUACUGAAGUGAAGAAAAAGUAUUACGCAAGAGAAUCGGGAAGCAGGUUUAGAUAUCAGAGCAACUUUGACUUGUAUACAGCUCCAUUUGCGAACUGGAGAGAUACCUGUUUCUGCAUGAUGGCUCCUGAUCCUCCCCAGCCUCAAGAAUUGCCUGAGGUGUUGAGAGAUAUUCUAGUGAAAUACACGAAGGAAGUAAUGAGAUUGGGGAGUUGUUUAUUUAGAGUAUUGUCCGAAGCUCUUGGACUACGCUCAAAUCACCUGGAGGAGAUGGGAUGUGCCGAGGGACUUGCAGUCCUAAGCCAUUACUAUCCGCCAUGUCCCGAACCCGAACUGACCUUCGGCACGAGCAAGCACUCCGACAAUGACUUCCUAACGGUGCUUUUACAAGACCAAAUUGGGGGCUUGCAAGUGCUUUAUGAAGAUCAAUGGCUCGAUGUUCCUCCGGUGCCUGGUGCCUUGGUGAUUAAUGUUGGAGAUCUUUUACAGCUUAUAACAAAUGACAAGUUCAAAAGCGUGGAGCACAGAGUUUUGGCAAACCGUGAAGGACCAAGAGUAUCAGUGGCAAGCUUUUUCACCACAGGCUUAUUACCAUCUUCAAGAGUUUAUGGACCCAUUAAAGAGCUGCUCUCUCAACACAAUCCUCCACUUUACAGGCAAACCACAGUUAAAGACUAUGUUUCCUACAUUUAUCAACAUGGUCUUGAUGGAACUUCUCCCCUUCAUCUCUUUAGGCUCUGAAAACAUUUUCGCCUACAUUUCAAGCUGUAAACAUUAGUCUACAUAUGAUCAUUGCAAUUUGCACCCUAAACUUGCGAGUUGCAGAAGACAUAAUGGUGUUCUUAUUUACUUUUAGAGUAAAUUUGUUUACAUA